CGUUCCGGUCUUACAAUACCAGCUGAGUUUUUUCUCUUCUCUUGGUGUAAACUGUGCAAACUAUCAGCACCUUUUUUUAGAACUAACCAGUGUUCAAGGUAGACUCUCAGCUCAUCGUAAGAAUUGUCAUGCUUUGCAAGGUUGUUGACAGGCAAAAGAAGGUGGGAGUUGAAAGUAUCACAACAGUGUUUGUGAUAUGUUGCUUUCUGUGCACUAUGGUAGAUUUUGACCUUCAAAUAAAUGGCUUCAAGUUGGCUGAGAUAACCGGAUUACUCAGGCAUCGGACAAGAUCAUUAUGGAUCACUCCGAUUAACCAGUCUCUUUAACAGAUAACUUAUCGGGAACGUAGACGUUUUAACGAACCAAACACAUGAGGAGAGCUGAGACUAUUCAUGUUGAGAAUGAAAGCUGGGAGCAUAACACCGAACAUGCAUGUUGUUUGUCUGCUUAUAAAGUUAACACCAGCCUGUCAAGGCUGCCAUGCAAGGCUGUGUAGAAGACUAGCCACAACAAUCGAAAACCCCGUGAAUUGCUCCUUGGCUAUCCUAUUUAAAGGUUCGCAGCAGCUAAGAUUGCGGUUCCUUAUAACCUUUUCGACCCUUCUAUUCUUCAAACUCGUGCAUCAACUUUAUCUGUAAAGUCUGCUUUCCUGUAUUUAUACGUCGGUUCUCCUUUGGGCGUGUAAGGUCACUAGCAUUGCAGCUCGUGAGUAACUUAUCUCGCAAUCGCAGUAAAUCUGCAUCGAUUGAGAUAACUGAUAACGAAAAGCGUGUAACCUUACAAGUGAUCCGACCAUGCAAACAUGAUAAAUUUGCAUCUAGAUCAAGAAAACCACAAUUUUCUAAUCCGUCCACGUGAACAUCCCAUCAGUGGCACGGGUAGAACCCAGGCUCAAUUAAACUUUCCUAUUUCUUUGAAUUCUUAAACGUACCACUUCGGAGUUCCAGGUGCUUUUUACCUGUAUUUGAAGCAAUCAAUUCUUGAACAUGGCAUACGUAAAUGAGAAACAGCGAUUUUAAAGAUUUUUGGAUGGUUCUCUUGACCAGACAUUAUCCUAUUUUUUGAAAGUUUUACAUGAUUGAUUUCCUAACUUCAAUUCUCUGGGCAAGCUGAAGAGGAGGUAAAAUGUCAUUGAUGUUGAGCGCGUUUCGUAUGAGUUAGUAUGAUCCAUGUUUCAGUAUUGGAGAGGUGACUCUGAUUUUAGAUUUAGAUUUUUUUAGAGUACCAAAUGUACAAGGGUAUAGAGAUCGGUCUUACUUUCCGAAGUUAGACUCUAUUAUGUCCAGCAUCCCAUCAGGGAAGGGUACGCUGUAGGGAUUGAUCUUCCUUCCUCUCAGUGUAAUUUACUUUGUUUAAACUCUCUUUUUUGUGAGUGGUCUUAAGCAGUGUCUAGCAGCCACUGAGAUAUCAGUGGUACUAGUUCUUAUUGAGGCUACUGGAUGUUAUGCUCCUGGUGUGAUUAACAGCAUGCCUCGCUUUCGUUUUGGUGUAAUCAUUAUUGCGAGGCUUGGUCCAGUCCAUUAGUUGUAGAAAGCGUUGAGCUCCUCCUUCAUAAGUCAAUGAACUCAGUUUCAGCAAGUUUAGCUGCUGUGAGUUGAACAUGCGGUGCUUGUUGCAGGAUGAUUUGCGUGGUUACUGACUCAUUCUCAUGCAAUGUGUCAGGAAACCUCAGAACAGUUGAAAUUCUCUGGUCAGUUUCUCUGCUGCAUCCAUGAAACCAAGAGCUUCGACGUUGUUACGAGAUUGUUCGAAGAUUGCACUCCUGGAAUUUGACAAGAUUGAAAUGAUUGUCAACUGCUAAGUACUUCCAGCUAUAAAAGGUAUCUCACUUUUGAACCUUUUGAGUUUUAUGGAGCAUGAAGUCCUAUGAAGACCCAUGAACAUGACAUUUUGGCCAACAGAACUGACAUUUCAUUGAAUAGAAAAUGUGUCAUUGUUGGUUAUUUGCAUUGAGUACUGAAGUGGACCUUAGGUUAUCAGUAGAAGAUUAUUCUCUUAAUUUGGUGUUCUUAUGCAGAAAAAUUACGUAUUUCUUUUAUGCUUGCCUCUUUGUUAUGCACUUGGUACAUUGACUUUUCCCUCAUUUUCUAUUCAUUAACGAUUUAUUUAUGUGUUGAUUAUGAGCAUUCUAAUUUUACAUGUAAGUUUAGAGGAUACAUGCAUGUGAUUCUAGUUUCCAAUCGGGGCGCUUUUUCCAAAGAAACACGUCCAUCUGAGCUACAAUAAUGGCGCUUUACAUUAAUUUUCCUAUUUUUUGUUUACCGGAUAUGAGACCCAGCAAUUGCCUUGUUUAAAGAUAAAUGUGAAUACAUCGUUUCUGGAAGCAUGUGUUAAGAGCCGUGUCUUAACAUGCUCUUGGACAUGAAGUAUAUGUGGCAAUGGGGUUCGCAAAGCAAAUUACCCACAAGAAUUGCAUUGCAAACCUUGGGCAUUUUGUUUGGUUAUGAAUCCUGUGCGGGUUGAGUGUCGACUGCAGAGUUGGAGCGCGUUGAGAACGCGCGAGUAAGAGACGAGGGUGAGGGUUUGCAGCGGUUCAAAUGUGAUCCAUGCCCCUUGACGUUGAAACAAUGCCCUGCUUCCCUUCUACAACACAACGAUGCCCUAAAAUAUUAUCCCUUUUCAGGGGUCAGAACUCUGUCACAUUGUUUUAGUAUCAUUCAGCGUUAUCUAUCCCCGCUUAGUUGCGGCAUUCCUUUUUGAGGGGAUGAUUUGAGGUUGGAGUUUCAUCAUAUUUGAAUAGUUUGUUUGCAAAUAAGAGAGGCUCCCCGAAUUGUGUCUUAGUGUCUAAAUUACCUCCAUCGUAGACAACUGUAAAUCCUGAUUAAAGUUAUGUUUCACACCUAUUAUCGGAAAUCAAAGCAUUAUAUCUUGUGUUGGGCCCUGCUACAUUAAUCUGGUCGGCCUAUUGAAGCUGACUCGUUAGGACAAUGUGGCUCUGGAUUAAAUCCUCGAGGGCUACUGUAUGUGGGUUGUGUGUGCUGUUGGUAUUGCGAAGCUCAGCGGUCAAAAAGGAGCUUCUAAUUAUAUCCAAAUUAAAAAAGAGUGGAAGUCUGCUAAUGUAUAGGGUGCGGAGUAUAUUUCUUAUCCCGGUUGCUUAGACUCUAGAGCCGAAAAGUUGAAAAUUCUUCAAAAAUAUAGGUUAUUGUCGUCACAAUCUGCUGAUCAAACUUAGCGGAUUUUUCCCGUAACUCAGUGAAGGGACAACAUUGAUUACUUCGACGUCGUUCGGGUGAAUUGCUAAAAAGUUGAGUGGUAAUGGGGUCAGCUGUAAGCUAUUGCUCUCCUCAACAGAUCCAGACAGUUGAUUUGUGCGGCUCCGAGGGAAAAGCUCCUGAAUCUACGAACUUACCAUGUCCCGUCAAGUAUGAAGAAAUCAAUCACGAAGCGUACAUGUCCCUGAAGCCGGGGCUCUUCGAAGGCUUGCGCUUUGACGUUUACAGAUCAAUGAACAGAAAAUUUGGACUAAGUAAUAGUUUGUUUAUGGGUUCGGUAGACCUUCCCGAUUGUGCACCCGACCCUUUGAAACAAUCAACAGCUCAUUUUGAGCUUGGUGCUAACCUUAUUGAUCAAAAGGGCAAGAUGGACGUAGUCCUUAUGAUGGGGCGAGUUCUGUCGAAGGGAUGUAUGUCAGCUCGAGUGAAGUGUGAUAUCACUAAUCGAUUUUCUAUCAAAGCGAAUGCUGAGCUUACAAAUGAGCCUCAUUUCUCGGUCGGUAUGUUCAACUUCGACUAUAAGGGAAAUGAUUAUCAAGCUCAAUUGACGAUGGGAAAUAGUGCUUUUUAUAGUGUAAACUACACUCAGCGUGUGACUCCUAAACUGUCACUUGGAGGAGAGUGGAUGUGGUUCGGUCAUCAACGGAAAUCAUGCAUGGGUCUUGCAGCUCGCUACCAAACUGAUUCCGUGAUUACCACAGCUCUAGUGAAAUCUGAAGGCGACAUAUGUUGUACAUAUAUUCAGAAACUGUCCGACAAGGUACUAGUGGCUUCGGACUUCGUGUAUAACUGGAAUAGCACAGAGGCAGUGACCAGUAUUGCUUACGACCAUCUCUUGAACCAGUAUCGAAUUAGAGGCAGGAUAGACACCAAUUUAUGCACAGCAGCAUACUUGGAAGAGAAAAUUUCAGCUGGUCUCACUCUUGUGCUGUCUGCGGAGCUUGAUCAUAGGAAGAAAGACUACAAGUUUGGGUUUGGUUUGACAGUGGGAGAUUAAAUCUUUGCCCUUCAUUAACCGCAUGACCAACUUACACUAGGAGAUGGUCCUUCUACCCUUUGAUCGUGGGCUACGUUAAAGGGGGAACAGGUUAUGAUUUCUCGUCAUUGAUUCGAUUCCUUAACCAACAGCAAUGAGCAUCCAAGUAAUUUAUCGAAAAGAAAGAAAUGCUUUUCACAUAUAUUGGGUUGGACAAAUGCUACAAAAACGGGUUGUCAAGCACCAGUUUCUACUUAAAGAUGUUUCUUACUUAGGGGCAUAUUUGCCAUGAUUUGAACUCUCUUAUAAAUCACAAACUCUUAGUUUUGAUGUAUCUCAACUUCAAGGUUAAUCAGAGACCAGCAUCAUGCAGCGAAGGGAAGGAUGUCGACGAAUCAUGCAGGAUUCAUGUAAGGUCUGAUGGCUGAUCUUGUGAAAGUUGGCCUCACAUAACAUUUCUACAGAGAAGUAACAGAACAUUCAGGAUAUCGGUCAUAAACUAGUUUGCCACAUAGAAGUCCCUUUUCUGUUUAACUGCAUUUUGCCACGUUAAGCAACUCAAAUUGAAUAAUAACCUACAAAUAGCGGAAGAAUUUUGUCAGAAAAUUAAAUGCAAGAUGAUACGUCGUUCAAUACAUACAUUGUGGUUGAUAAUCUAAAAUCUAUUUGAAUUUUUUGUUCCAUGAA